CAAAGACCAAACCAUAGACCAAAAACAUAAAAAAAAAAACUUAGAUAACAAAGUUGUGUCUCUCUGAACCAGAAAGAUAAGACGAAAAGGAGAUCAAUGGAGGAAGAAUACAAAAGAGUAAUAAACAUAACAAUUAUUGGAGUAAUCUCAUGGGGUCUCAUUUUCAUCAUCAUAAGACGAAUUUUCGCAAACUACUCGUUUGACUUCAGCACUCGUAUAGUCUCGACGCUUCACGCAACAACUGCUGUCGCUUUAGCAACACUCUCGAUUCAAGAUUGGUCUUGUCCUGUUUGUCCCAUUGCUUCUACAUCAUCUCUCCGGCAGAUGGAAACAUUGGCGUUUUCAUUGUCUUACAUGAUCUAUGAUCUCAUAUGUAGCCACUUUGAUCAAGUCAUUAGCAUUGAUAAUGCUGUUCAUCAUUCUGUUUGCAUUCUUGGUUUUGUAGCUGGACUUUUCUACCAAAAGUGUGGAUCCGAGAUGGUGGCAGCACUUUGGAUAACAGAGAUCUCAAGUCCGUUUCUUCACCUUAGGGAGAUUCUUAAAGAGAUUGGUUAUAGAGACACCGACCUAAAUCUUGCAGCCGAUGUGUGUUUUGCAACAAUUUUCUCGUUGGCCAGAAUGGUGGGUGGACCUUACCUAGUUUACGUAACAAUAUCAGCUGAUAAUCCCAUCCUCAUCAAGGCAAUGGCGUUGGGAUUACAACUUGUGAGCGCAUUCUGGUUCUAUAAAAUCCUCAAAAUGAUGAGAUACAAAUUUAUCAAAAGAUCAAUGUCCAACCAAAAAUCUACUUAGUUGAAAUUCCAAAUAUUCUAUCAUAUAUUAUUUGACUCAUAUGCUUUUUCAGUUUUUCUAUAUGUAAAUUAAAUGUGAGGAAUCAAAAGAAAUGACUUAAACUUAU